GGUUAUCCGUGGUAUUGUUAAUCGCGAUUGUGGGUGAUCGGGAAAUUCUUUAUAAGGAUCCAGCAACCAGGAAGACGAUCAGUGCAAUCAGAAGUGUCCACCCGGUGGGCACUAACCUAACCGAACUCCGAAGUGCGUAAUGUAGAAAGUGAACCAAGUGUGUUAAAAGUGAAGCAAAUCGAACAGUGCCUAAAAAUGAGCAGAACUAGCCAACUCUCAGUGAUUCUAUUGCUCGCUAUCGCUGCAACGGGGACGACACACAGCAACAAGCGUUCCGUGAAGAAAAUGAUCCUGCUUGAUCGUACACCCGUGUUACCGGAAAAGGUGCGCUUGCUAACGGAAUGUGCCAGCGGAAGUGUGAACUGUACGCGUACCUGCCCCGACAGCUACACCAUCGAUGCACAGCAGCAGUACUGUCGUCCGAAGCGUCAGGGCCAGGGCCAUGGCAGUUGUCCACCCGGCUACAUUCAACGUGCCGGUGCCGGUGGAGCGAGUGGUUGUGUGCUGGAAGAAAUUCAAUGUCCACCGGGCAGUACGCGCGAAGGGAACCGGUGCAUCGUGCGAAGUUACAGCUGCCCGACCGGUUACGUUCAACGGGGCCAGAACUGCGUACGGGACAACAUCUGCCAGCCGGGGUAUCGGUGGGAAAGUGGGCUGUGUUUUCCCGCCUCGGCAAGAAUCUUCUGUCCGCCCGGGUUUACGGAGCAACAUCCGGGUGGCAAUUGUGCACCUUCGGCUUGCUCGGACUGUUGCGAUUGUAGGGAUGAGGUGCUGGCGACCGUUUGUCCUUCCGGGUACACCAACCAGUGGGGACGUUGUGUGCGGCUUCAGCAAGCAUCACCGGACCUAAGGAUCCACUCCGUCACGUACCGACUGCCGGUGGAGUGUGCCGCGGGUCAAACGUUCAACGGUGGGCAUUGUGAAACGUUGAGCACGAUCGGGCGACCUGUCUGUAGGGCGGGUCACUUCUACAACGGUUCGUGCGUGGAGGUUGCCAAGUGUAUGCGCGGUACGCUGAACAACGUGUGCUCCUGUGAGCUCGAGCAACAUGUGGCUAGUUCUUGUACGGUCGGGAAACUGCAGGACGGAGUGUGUGUCUUAGCACGAGCGCACUGUAGAGCACCGGCACGCCUUCGGAAUGGGGUGUGCGUACGGGAAGCGAAAUCCCGUACCACCUGUCCGGAUGGUGGAGUGCCGUUUCAGAAAGAGUUUUGCGCACUGGAGACACCACGGUGUGGCCGGGGCUUCGUGCUAGAUGAGCAUGGUCUCUGCCGCAAGGGAACGCCGUGCGCGUUCGAGUGUGGUCCUUAUCAGCGACGGAAUCGUUGGUGUGGCCUUCCAGCUAACUGUCCGGAAGGGUAUACGCUGAGCGAAGCGGGUCACUGCAUCCGGGAAACGGUCCGUCCCGCUUACAGCUGCCCCGAGGGAACAAUCGAGCGGGGUGAAAGAUGCGUCAGUGUGACGCCGAUCUGUCGCUCGAACUUCCGGUACGAUCCGUCCGUUGAUCUGUGCGCACGCUGCGAGGAACGAUCGAUGGCGUGUGGACGAGGAAAUUUAACCGGUGGACACUGUGUGUGGAGCGAACCGGCAUGUCCUGCCGGGUACGAGUGGAAGGAUAGUAUGUGCGUGCGGAACGACACCCGGAAGUACCACUGUCGGAAGGGAUACGAGCAUGGCGAGCAGUGUGUGCAUGGGGAACUUUCCUGCCCAACUGGGUACGAACUGCAGGGUGAAAGUUGUAUCAUUCGUGAGGAUGUCCACUGUCCGGAGGGAUCUUACCCGCUGGAUGGUCGGUGUACAAUCGCGAAGGAGUGCCCGGAAGGAUUUCAACCUGGGGCGGAUGCUUGCGUACGGGAAACGAGACGACUUGCUAACGCCAGCCAACCGACUUGUCCCGCUGGGUACGUUUACGAUGGAGAUGUUUGCGUUCGGCGAUCGGUAGUGGAAGCAUCGAUCAAUCGAAAGGAAGCGGUAUGCCCGGAUGGUUACGAGCGUGGAAGGGAUGGCGAUUGUGUGAGGCUGGUGCGCACGUUCCCGGUAUGUCCACCGCGGACAAUCUACACCGAUCGUAGCGAUCGUUGCUACUGUGAGGUUGAUCUUAUGUGCCCAACAGGGUACGAACGAACCGGUACGGACUGUACGUUCCGAGCGGCUGGUUACACUUCGCUCGUGAACUUCCUUAACCCGUGUUACGGAGCGUUCUGUGGCGGUGGUGGUGCAUACUGCAUCACCCAGUGUACAUUCCCACCGUGUCCUUUUGAACCUUGUGCUGCUGGUGGGCCAGCCCUUACCGCUACUUUCGGGCCACGUGCAAGCCGCUGUCUUACUCCGGGAGUCGGUGACGAAGAUUGUCCACCACAGACGGUCAUUGGACUCGUCUGUCCGCCCGGGUAUGAGCGAGUGAAUAGCUCCUGUCUCGCGUACUACGACAAAGUUUGCCCGGAAGGAUAUGAACUCGAUGGGGAUGAGUGUACGCGUUCCAUCCAUCUUGCACCCGUUUGUCCAUCGGGAUAUCGUGCGGUGCCGGGAUCGGGAUCUUGCAUUCAGGCUUCCUGUCCUAAUGGGUACAAACUAACGGGAACCGGAACGACGUGUGAAAAGCGAGAGCUUCGCUCACCGAAAGCUUGCUCGCCGGGGUGGGAUUUCUUCCAGGGCGCUUGCUACCGAAGAUCACUCUGCCGGAAUGGCACCAUCGAAGGGGCGUACUGCGUGGAGCGAGAGUUUGCACGUCCCACCUGCCCGGACGGUUACAUCCAGCGGAGUGAGGACUGUGCAACGGAAGGAACCUGCCGUACGGUUGGAGCUGUCCUUAUCGAUGGAAUGUGUGUACAGAUUGCGGACCCGGCACCCUGUCCGGAUGGAACCUACCGCCAUGGGAAGCAUUGCGUGUAUCCCGAUGCACCCGAGUGUGAAGAUGUGCAGUACGUCGCUACCGAGUGCAGUUCGGAGGUGGACUCGCGUGGCUACUGUUGGCAUCGAUCGGCACCAACCUGCCCGCAAGGGUAUCGACUGCGGGACGAUCGAUGUAUUUCGUGCCAGACGGAGAAACCUAACUGCCCAUCCAACAUGGCCAUUCGACAGGAGAUGUGUACCGCGGAGCGAGUGAUCUGUCCCGCCGGUCAUUUUCUACGUGAUGGACACUGUGUCACGCUGCACGUCACUCGUCCACGCUGCCCAGCUGGAGAGUACACGCUAUGCAACGGUUUCUGUAUCGUGGCGUAUGCGCACGAAUGCAAAGGAGCUGAGUAUGGGCUGGCCAUUUGUAACCGAGGAUAUCUGUACCAGGGCAAGUGUGUGGAGCAUGGAAGAUGUACGGAUAGCGAUCAUACGCUCGUUAACGGUGAGUGUCAGCUUCGCACAUUCACUGAUCCGUCCUGCCAUGGAAAGGGCUCACGGAUCGGUGAACUGUGUGUCGGUGGAACACCCCAAUGUCCACCGAACUAUGCGCUGACGGGUGGCCAAUGCUACAGUUGCCAUAUUGAAAACGCACAGUGUUCUGCAGGAGGCGCAACGACCUGUUCCGAUAGCUUCUGUCAGCUGGAACCACCGCGCUGCAGUUCUUCGGGGGCUAUUUUCGAUGGACGUACCUGUCGACUGCUCGUCACCAGUAAACCAUCCUGCCCAACGGGAACAACCCCCGAUCGGUACGAAUCAAAGUUCUGCCAGCUAAAAUCGGAACGGGCCGUUUACAACUGUCCCUCAGAGUACCACUACCAGAAUGGCGUUUGCUUGAAAAAGCUGUACAAAAAUCCUUCCUGCCCGACGGACUACAACUUGCGAAACGGUGCCUGCGUGAAGCGCACGUGCACUCGAAUGGCUUCCGGAUCCUCGUGUGCAAUUUCCAUGGCAUCAGGAGCUACAGGAGGCAGUUUAUCCUGUGCGCAGUGCUUGAACGAUACUGCAAGCUCAACCGGCGCUCCAUGGAACUCACAAAGCACAGUGGACACUGUGGAUCUAUGCUGUAUGGUGUACUCACCGCGUAUCUGUCGUAAAUCGGGCGACUGCCAUCAUGAGCAGGAACGGCUGUGUGGUUCCUUCUGCCUAACCGAAGACGAUCGCAUCUAUCUGACGGUGCCGCAUACGAUGCAGAUAGGAACACGAUUGUACGUGGCGCCAACGCAACGGAACAAUGGUGGCGAUGAUUACGAGGACGAGGAGGACGAAGAUGACGAGGAUAAUGAUGUAUUCGCGCGCGAUUGCUCACAGUGCGAAUUUGGACCGGCCAACUGUCCGCGGCGCUGUAGUACGUAUGAUUGUGAGGACGAGGAUGGAGAGGGAUGUAAUUUUAAGGAAGCUACCACAUUCUGCGCUCAGUAUAGGGAGGCGAAAAUCUGUGAACACCUGCGGCGCUAAAUUUUAACUUUACAAUUCCGAUUGUGGGGGGUUAUUGCGUUGAAUAAACAAUGAAAACUAUACUUAAAACCACAA